GGCACUGUGGCAUGCUAAAGGGGGCACACCCGGCACGCUGGAAAGUUAUGUUAGAAAAGUUGUCGGGGAAUAAAGCGCUUUUGGAUUUGAACGAGUCUAUACUAGUUUCUCUGGAAAAGAGUUUGUGUUUAGUUGAUAAAGAACCUGAAUUAAAGCAAUGUUACCUAGACUUGGGACUGUUUCCUGAAGAUCAGAAGAUAGCUAGCUGCUACAACACUUUUGGACAUGUGGGCCCAUUUGUAUAAGCAUGAUAACGAUGGAUUAGCUACCAUGGAUAUCCUCGAUAAGCUUUCUUCUAGAAACCUUGCAACUUUGUCGCCGAAAAGGAAACAUCUGAAUGCUAUUGCCAACCAUUGUGUGGAAGAAUCUGUUAUGCAACAUGAUGUGAUGAGGGACUUAGCUAUUCAUUUGAACAGCCAAAAGUCAAUAGAACACAGAGAGACGUUGAUUAUAAACGCAUAUGGGCAAGAUCUUCCCCAAUUUUACAACAAACUGUGAACGCCCAUGUAUUGUCAAUAUCCACAGGUUUGUUUGAUGCAUUAGA